AUGUCAUUAUCCAGCGCAGAUUUCACCGGUUGUCAUGCCCGCGCAUUGUACGAUUUUGUCCCGGAAACGGAAUACGAAAUUGCCAUGACCGCAGAUCAGCUCGUGUGGGUGCAGUACCGACAAUAUCCCGGCUGGCUUGUUGCCGAUGUAAAUGAUGAAACGGGACUGAUCCCCGAAUCUUAUGUGGAACUCCUUUGA